AUGGCGCCCCUGCCAACCUCGCUUGCGUCCCGCAGCGGCACCCGUCUCACACACGCCGGCUGCAGAAAUGCGGCGGCAGCGCGCAGCAGAGCCGCGGUGCUGCCGGCUCGUGCCGCGGCGUCGGCGGAAGCGGCAGACGGCCGCGACCCGACCGGCCUCUCCUCGCUGCGCCUCCUCAAGCCCUCUGCCCUGGACAUGGACAGCCUCAUGCAAGAGUGGAGCAGCCGUGAGUGCAACCACGAGUUUGCCGGGGCGUCGGCGAGCGCGCCAGACGUGCCACAAGGGGUGAAGAAAGGCAGCUUCAUGAUCACCACCAACCGCAAGAAGGUGGGGGAGGGCAAGGCGGCGUAUGAUGCCGCCAUCGCCGCCAUCAAGAGCUGGCAGCACCUGCAGCUGGGCUGGAACUGCACCACCACGCCCGCCCUGAAGCCGGGCGUCACCAUUUGUUCCGCCACACAGACCGUGGUGCCGUGGAGCGUACUGCCGGCCCAGGUGGUGUACUGCAAGGAGGAGUCUGCGGAGUUUGGACCCGGGGACAAGGGCAUGCGCUUCUCUGUCGGCAUGUCCUCGCUGACGGGGCACCAGCUGGCAGGGGAGGAGCGGUUCCAAGUUGAGCUGCAUGCAGACGGCUCUGUGUGGUACGACAUCUACCUCUUCUCCCGCCCAGACACGCUGCUGGCCUGGGCCUCGCUGCCGGUGGUGAAGGUCAUGCAGAUACGGUAUGUGCUGGACGGCCUCAAGGCGGUGGCGGCGGCCGUGAAGGCAUAG